CACCAAGUACCAUAAAGGAAGUCUUUAUUCAACUAUUCUGAGUCAAUUUUUACAAUAAAUUUCGAUGUCAGAUACUAAAUGACAAGAUGGAUUUGUCGAAUUUAAGCACGAUUUUAGAGAAGACCAUUUCUCCAGACAACCAAGAUAUAGAAGCAGCUCAACAAUUCCUUAAUCAAGCCUCGGCAGACAACUUACCCAAAUUACUGCAAGAAUUAUCUCAAGUAUUAAGAAAUGGAGGAAACAGUGCAGUGGCAAGAACUCAGGCUGGAUUACAACUUAAAAAUUUUCUGUAUUCUAAAGAUGCCACCACUAAGACUCAAUAUCAACAACGAUGGCUGGCUUUACCUGAAGACAUCAGAAAUGUAGUCAAAGAAAAUAUAUUAGCCACACUUGGUACGGAAACAGUUCGGCCCAGUUCUGCAGCUCAGUGUGUCGCUAACGUGGCAUGUGCAGAACUACCACAUAAAUUAUGGCCUAAUUUGAUCGAGCACCUGACCGGCAACAUUACAAAUCCUGAAGGUACAGAAAUGAUGAGAGAAGCCACGCUAGAAACUAUUGGUUAUAUUUGCCAAGAUAUCGAUCCAGAGUUACUACAGUAUCAAUCUAAUGAAAUAUUGACAGCUAUUGUUCAUGGUAUGAAGAAAGAGGAAACCAGUAAUCAUGUAAGAUUAGCAGCCACCAACGCCUUGUUAAAUUCUCUAGAGUUCACACGUCAGAAUUUUGAUAGAGAGAGUGAACGCCAUUUUAUAAUGCAAGUAGUAUGUGAAGCUACCCAGUCCACUGAUACAAGAAUUCGUGUGGCAGCUCUACAGUGUUUAGUAAAGAUCAUGUCUUUAUAUUAUAUUUACAUGGAGCAUUACAUGGGGCCAGCUUUAUUUGCUAUCACAAUGGAAGCUAUGAAAUCUGAUGUAGAUGAGAUAGCAUUACAAGGAUUUGAAUUUUGGUCCACAGUUUGUGAUGAAGAGGUAGAUCUGGCUAUAGAACUCUCUGAAGCAGCAGAACAAGGGAAACCACCUGAAAACACAAGUAGAUUUUAUGCUAAAGGAGCUCUACCAUAUUUAAUUCCUAUUUUAUUAAUAACUUUAACUAAACAGGAAGAGUUUGAGAGUGAUGAUGAAUGGAAUCCAUGUAAAGCAGCUGGAGUGUGUCUCAUGUUAAUGGCUACGUGUUGUGAUGAUGAUAUUGUAGCUCAUGUCUUGCCUUUCGUCCAGGAAAAUAUCCGAAACCAGGAUUGGAGAUUCCGAGAUGCUGCUGUCAUGGCUUUAGGUUCAAUUAUUGAGGGUCCAGAUCCAACUAAAUUAAAACCGUUAAUGGAACAGGCCAUGCCGAUGUUGAUAGAACUAAUGAAAGAUCCUAGUGUAGUUGUGAGAGACACGACAGCCUGGAUGUUUGGACGUGUUUGUGAAAUAUUACCUGAUGCCGUUAUUAAUGAACAGUUUCUGGCUCAGCUGUUACAAGCUUUAAUUGAAGGUCUACAGGGAGAACCAAGAGUAGCCAGUAAUGUCUGCUGGGCAUUUUCAAGUUUAGCAGAAGCUGCGUUUGAGGCUGCUGAAGCAGCUACAACUGGUGAUGGACCACCUGCUACGUUCUGUCUGUCUACCUAUUUCCAACCUAUAGUUAAUAUUUUACUACAGACCACAGACAGACCUGAUGGUAACCAGCAUAAUCUAAGAAAUGCGGCAUACGAGGCCUUGAUGGAAAUGGUGAAAAACAGUCCGAAGGAUUGCUAUGUAAUAGUUCAGAACACCACUAUGAUUAUAUUAGAGAGGUUACGUAAAGUGUUGGAGAUGGAAUCGGCAGUCCAAUCCUGUAAUGAUAGAAGUCAAUUUAAUGAUCUACAAUCUUUAUUAUGUGCCACCUUACAGAGUGUUUUACGUAAAGUAACACCAGAAGAUGCUCCUAAGAUAUCAGAUCAAAUUAUGGCUGCACUACUACAGAUGUUGAGUACAGGAGGAAAAGGGGGAGGAGUUCAAGAAGACGCUAUUUUAGCUGUUUCAAUACUCAUUGAAGUACUGGGAGAAGGAUUUGAGAAAUAUGUAGAAGCUUUUAAACCAUUCUUGGCUCUUGGUCUACAGAACUGUGCUGAAUAUCAAGUUUGUCUAGCAUCAGUAGGAGUAGUAGGUGAUUUAAGUAGAGCUCUUGGUAGAAAGAUUUUACCAUUGUGUGAUGAUCUGAUGCAGACCUUACUAUCUAUAUUAGCUAAUGAUAGUGUACAUCGUCAAGUGAAGCCCCAGAUAUUAUCUGUGUUUGGUGAUAUUGCUCUAGCUAUUGGACCUAAUUUUAAAACAUAUUUAGAUGUGGUAUUAAAUACUCUACAACAAGCUUCACAGCUACAAGUUGACAAGAGUGACUAUGAUAUGGUAGAUUAUUUAAAUGAAGUAAGAGAAGGGUGUCUAGAAGCCUAUACUGGUAUAGUACAAGGUCUGAAAGGUGAUGGUGAACAGAAUAAUGCAGAUGUAUGUCUACUCUUGCCCCACGUUCCUCACAUGAUAUCAUUUAUAGAACAUAUUGCUCUUGAUGAGGACAAAAGUGAUGGAAAUAUUGCAGCCUGCUGUGGUCUCAUUGGUGAUAUGUGUACUGCGUUCGGAGGUCAGAAUUUCGGAGGUCAAAUAUUACCUAUGGUAGAAAAACAAUCUAUACAGGAUUUAAUGACAGCAGGUCGAAGGUCAAAAGGUCAUAAAACUAAAACCUUAGCUAAUUGGGCCACGAAAGAAAUACGCAAGUUAAAAAAUACUUCAUGAUAACUGAAUCCAGUGAAAACUAUCAUCGCUGUAGUGAUAAGACGUUUAAACUUGUGAUUCGAUCGAUGAAGUUCAAUUCCUGGUCGUCCGUGAGAGAAAGAAGAGUGCAUGAUGGGAGAAAGAGGGAGUGCUUCAGUAGCGUGCUCAAACUUGUUACCACGACAACAAGUUUGUAUCUGACGCAUUGUGAGCUGUUCAAAACUUCCAAGUUCUAAUCUCUUCCAGAGAGAGUUCUACUGAAUUAUCUCUACGAGAAUUUAACAUGUCCGUCGACGUCAAUCGAGUGAGAUUACAAAUCUUAUUGUGAUAAAACAAGCUUUCAAUAACUAUCAGCCAGUCCGUGGUAAGGUGACUAGCCUAUCAACAACCAUGUGAAACAAUCAACUGUUCGGUGUUGAUGGUAGACUCUUACUAUACCUGUGUUGUUAUUCCAUUCAUCAAUAUUACCUAGUUUUUAGGCAUGCUUAAAUUAUGCAGAAGUGAUUCUUCCUAUGCAGGCCAUAAAAGGACUUGUUUGGAAAAAUCAAUACUAAAUGGAUCUCAAAAAAUAGAAUAUGGAGUUUAAAGAGGAAACUUAAUGUGCUAAAACAUCCAUGUUAAAAUACGCCAUAACGUCAUAAAAAGUGCUAAGUUUUUUCAAAAACAAACAAAUCCAAAUUAAGUUUUUUGUAAAGUUUUUGUUUUUGUAGAGAAAUUUAUGAUUUUGUUUUUGUUUUGUUACAUGUUAUUGGAAAUAUGUAGUAGUGCUCAAAUCAUCAAUUUAUUUUAAAAACAAAUCCAGAUACGAUAAAUAUAGAUUUCAAAAUUGUUGAUUAAAUUACACAAUUAUUAAUUGUAAGACAAAGAUAUUAAUGCACAUCCAGAGAUGAAUCAAAACUUGAACUGGAAUAGUCCACUUUGUUUGGAGGUCUUUAGAGGUCUGACCUGAUAGUUUCUACCUCAAAAUAUAGUGAACCGUUCAAGUUUAUUUUGAAUUGUCUCUGAUAUGUAUUAAUACCUGUGUCUUGAGUUGUAGGCUUGUUCAUUUCUUCUUUUCAAAAAAAGAUCAAAGAAAGCUAGCAGCUUGUUUUUAAACAGGUUUGAAGUUUUCUGGUCUCAUUUCAUGCAAAAAAAUCUUGCUAUUAAUGAUUAUUGUAAGCCUAUUUCUAAUUGUGAAUUAAGUGAUCUUAAAUGGCAAGAUUUUUCAGAAAUGUGACCAUGGGUUAUGUCUGGACAGAUUCCCUUGUUCUAUUCUUUUCUAUCCUUUCUGUGAUAUCUUUUGGAGUUGUUCAACAUUAAACUUUCUAUAAAUCAUGAAUAAAAACUGAAUCUAAUCAAUUUCAUUAAUCUGAGUGAACAGGGUUCUACUUUCUGGAAAAUUUUGUUGAUCUGAGCCUUUGUUUUUUAUAUGGUGGUCCUUGUUCCUGCUUUAUUCCAAGUCUAAUGUUGAUUAAUUCUUGUCCAUCUUUAUUAACUAACCAAAUUAAAUGAUGCGAAAUUGAUUUGGAAAGCAUCUAAUUCAGCCAAAAAUUUGGACUGGGUUUUAUGCCAUCCAAAACAAUUUCAAUUUCGUCAUUUUGUUUGUACAAACUGGGAAGUAAUUAUAUUGUAAUUGUAUGUACAAAUUAAAAACCAGAUUUCUAAGUUAACUAUGUUUUAUUUUGUUAAACACAGAAUUUUGACUGUAAGCAGAUAAUUAUUAAAUACAUUUAAUUGCUUAAUGAUUUAUUCUGUGAUAAUUAUAGCUUGUAGGUGUUCAAAUUUCCACAAUCUGUCAGAAAUUUACUAAUCUACUAGAACCAGUAGCUUUUGAACUGGGGUUAAAUGAUUAUCCUUAAUCCUUGCAAAAAAUUCUGGCUGAAAUCUGUCAUGAAAUCUCAUUUCAGCUUGCUCAUAAUAGGGUUGUCAACUGUUCUUUAAUCUUAAUCUGGCAAGACUGAAAAUUUUAACCACGAUGUGUAAGGAAAUAUAAAAGAAAACUGGAAUCAAUAUUUUAUUCAUGAGCUGUUGGCUGUUGUGAAUAUUGUACUUGAAAGACAUUAAAGUUUUCAAAAUUCCAUCUUCAUAUCACUUUGUUCUAUUAAUUUUCCCUUCCAGGAAUUUUCCAGUGUCUUCACAAAUUUCUCCAGAACUUCAAUUGGCUCAGCUAGUGAUGUCUUCUUGUAGUCUUUUAUUUUCUUGUCUUCUAUAUCAGUGGAUUGAUCUAUUUCAUCUAGUAACUGACUGAUAGUGGGAACUUUAAAAGGAUUAAACUGAUCAACUUUAAUAGGGUCAAAUGACACACAAACUCUCCCUGUUUUAGGGUGGACACAGAAGGGUGAUUUUAAUAAAUGAUUUACCCCCUUACUGACGUUAACAUCCAGUCUGGGAUAACAAAAUUGGACCAUGAUUUCUUCUAGUGUCAUCUUUAAUUUCUUAUGUGUGUCUUUAUACUGGUGAAGUUUUUCCUUUAAUAUGGUUAAUCGUGUUGCUGUGUUGGUACCCAGGCUAUCAAAUAAAUUAUUGAUCUCCUUUCUUACAUCAUCAACAGGUAUAAGAUUUAAAACUUUAUCCCAUUGUUCUGGGGUAUCCAAGAAAUCUUGUUUUUUCACUGAAUACUUUUCAAAAUACUCUUCUAUUACAUUUACAGCUCGUCUGAUAGAAGGGUGUAAAGUCUCAUCUAAACUAACUUUCUUUACUUGAUUUUCACCUCCUCGAACAAGACUGAGAUAUUCUGCCACAGCGGAACGCCCAGCUUGAGAUAAUUUCCGAGCUGUUUCAUCACAUACCCAACAAUGGAUACCACGUCGUCCAGAAUACACCCAUAAUAAAUGUUUAAAUCCAAAAUCUUCUGUCAGAGCAGCAUGGAUAAUCUUCACUGCCAUUUUCAUUAAUGGCCAACAUUUUUCACAUAUAUCUGCUCCAGUGCAGCAAGCUCUGACAUCAUCAUAAUCUGUCAUAUCAAUAUCAAAAACCAGCUCCUUCUCCUGUGCUUGAAACGCUGCAGCUUUUACCGUUUUGUGUUCUUUCGGCUUAUGAGAGAACACAGCUCCAAUAUCAAUUUUAUAUGGGCAUCUUUUCUGAAUCUCUUUUUCCAAUUCUGAUUGAUCAGAAAAUGACUGGUAACGAAUAUAAACAUCAUCUUUUAAGGUGAAGGAAAACUCCCGAUUUUGGAAAUAAUUUUUUGGAACUCCACCGUAGUUGAGCCAUCUGUAGUAAGGACCAUAAGGAAAUAAUCGUUUAUAAUACAUCGGUAGCAAGUCAGGGAGAGACGCCGGGUCAUAUUUCUCCUUUUCUGUCAUUUCGAUUGAAUUCUACUAUUUCCCGGAAUUUUCUCUCUUGUUUACUAUUUGAUUUCC